CUAUAUUUAUGACCGAUAUGAGUGGAUCCUACUCAAAAUUGGGUAGUUUUUAAAUUGCGUGUAGAUACCUUAAUCAACCAUUCCGACACCUUCUGUCAAAUGUUGUCACCACUCAUAACGACGACGUAUGAUGUUUACAGCCGCAAAAUACUCACACAUAUUCAAUUAAUUGUACUACUUUUGAUGAACACUAUGACAAAUCAUUUUGAGUUUUGGUGUUCGUGAGUUAUGUGAGCAUCGACCAACUUGAUUCUGCGGGUACGUUAGUAAGAAAAGUUUAUGCAAACGUGCAGGAGGCAUAUUGUUUAAGUGAAAAAAAAAUCUUAAAUUUCGUGUGAAAUGCCUCCGAAAAGGAAGCAGAUAAGUCAGCCGAUCGCAAAGCGUGGAAAAAAUUUCGUUCUAGAAUGUCGCGGGCAGAAUGUCAGGAAUUUGGACAAAAUGGCGGCACAUAAGCUAAAUGUUGCUGAUUUGCGAGCGUUGCUUCAACAGGCACUUGAACAACAAGGAGAAAGCCUAGACUCAACUGGAUAUGCCUACGUUACGGUCGAUGAAGGAUCGAACUAUGCGGCUUUCGAAUCGCAAGACCCUCUUGCAUCGAUACAGGUUACAUCGAACGUUGAAAUGCAUAAAGAAAUCAAGAAUGAAAGUUCUGCGGCACGUGAAAAAGAUAGCAUGUUUCUGCAUGAAAAGAAGUACAAACAAUUAUCUGAGCAACACAAAAAAUUGAAACAGAAGUACUCAAAACUUGAGCAGGACAAAUUGUCAUCGGAUGACUAUGCAUUACGCAUGGGAAAGGAGCUACAGCAACUUAAGGACAAGCAAAAGAUGCCACAGGCGAAAUUUACUGAGGAGGAAGGUAUUCUAAUUACGGUUGCUAAAUUGGCAGAACUAAACGAACGUGCUGAAUCUGACAGCAUGUUUGUUGGCCUGCUGAGCACACGUCUUAUUGGAACAGAGAGGCUUGAGACGGUGAGUGUAAUGGGCCAAGCAAGCCACCGGUUUGCCAAGUUGAAGAAGCCUGAUGGUACUCCACAAUACCCAGCGACAGAAAAGAUCGGUUCUGGAAUUCUAGAAUUCAUUUGCAGUUAGUAUUUUAUUUUUAUUUUGAUCCAUUUCCAAAUAAACUACCCUUUUUUUUGUAGAUAAAGCUAUAAAAGUUUGCCCUGAAAAUGCAGCCA